AUGAAAUUUGUGGAUAAGAGGAAGCUGUCGUUUAGUGCUGAUCAUUUGCUAUUUCAUCAGCUUGAUGUGGCAGAUUCGUCUAGUGUUGCUUCCCUUGCUGAAUUCAUCAAGACUCAGUUUGGAAGGCUUGAUAUCUUGGUGAAUAAUGCAGGAAUUAUUGGAGCUGAUAUAGACUCUGAUGCUUUUAAAGCUGCGGUUGGAGCUGGUGCUAGUGAAGAGGCACAAGCUAAAGUUGACUGGAGCAGUACGAUCAAAGAGACUUACGAAUUGAAAGUACAAUGCUUUCAAACAAACUAUUAUGGUACCAAAAGAAUGAUUGAAGCCAUUGUUCCUCUUCUCCAAUUAUCUCAAUCACCAAGAGUUGUCAACGUUUCCUCAGGCGCGGGAAAGCUAAAGAAUAUACCCAGUGAAUGGGCCAGAGGGAUAUUUACUGAUGUCGACAACCUUACAGAAGAGAGUGUGGAUGAGGUGCUCAAUCAAUACCUGAAAGACUUAAACGAAGGUUCCAAAGAAGCCAAAGGCUGGCCUUCAUUCCUGUCUGCUUAUACAGUCUCGAAAGCAGCCAUGAAUGCAUACACAAUUGUUGUCGCAAAGAUGCAUCCCUGCAUCAAGAUCAAUAGUGUCUGUCCUGGUUUUGUCAAAACAGAUAUAAACUUCGAAUCUGGCAUAUUGACUGUAGAAGAAGGUGCUGAAAGUGUUGUGAGGCUAGCUCUGCUGCCUGAUGAUGGUCCUUCUGGCUUGUUCUUCAUUUGCGGUGAAGUAUCACCUCUUGAAUAG